AUGGCACUGUUGAACGCUGGACCAAUUUUUGGGCAGGAAUUAAGCGUUGUGAUGUCGUACCAAUCUAAAGAGUAUCCGUCGCUAUCCAUUCCUCUUAUUUAUGUAUUGAUGCACGACACACUUCAAAACAUGCAAUGUGAGACUCAUGAAGGUAUAUUCAGAGUACCUGGCAAACAAGAAGAGGUCGAAUGUUACAAAGACUUAUUUGAUAAAGGACAGUAUCAAAUAUAUAAGGACUGUAGUUGUAAUACUAUUGCAGGGCUUUUCAAACUCUUUCUUAGAGAACUGCCAACUCCAAUUAUUCCAACCAACUGCUACGACUUCUUUGUAAGUGAAGAGGUUGUUUCGGAUAUUAGUAAUAACCCGGACAAUAUCAAAGAGUUGCUCAACAAACUUCCUUCUGUCAAUAAAGAGAUGGUCAUAUACAUCAUCUCCUUCUUACAAGAGUUGUCUGCGCACUUCGAAGAAACUAAGAUGGGGGUCGAUAACUUGGCAAUGGUUUUUUCAGCUUGUAUGUUAAUUGGUGAUGCAUCAGACCCUUUUCUUGCAUUGACUAAGACUAACUUGGCUCAGAGUUGUAUCGCUGCUUUGAUCGCCAACUUCCCUAAAGACAUGAUUACGACAGUCAACCUUGAUGUGACUGGAUACGACAAAAAGGGAUUUGCUUUGUUAGAGGUCGACCCAGUGAUAGCUUAUAUGGAAGAGAAAGAACGAGAAAAAGAGAAGUUGAAAGAAAAGAAAGGGAUCUUUGUUCGUUCGCGAGCACAGAGUACAAAGCAACAGCAGACUCCUUACAAAGAGAAGCGGACAUCACUUCACCACAAAAAGAAUGAAACAAAUAUAUUCAAGAACAGCAAAGGAGAUUACGCCCUUGUUUCUGCUUUGGCACAGUCACUCUCGGACGAAAAAGAAACUAAAACACCAAAGCGAGUCACCUCAAUGAACAUCCCUAAAAACAGAGUUAUUGAUGUCUUACAAGCAAACUCAAUGUGGGAUCUCGAGAUGGCUCCAUUGCCCCUCAAAUGCCCCGCAUUCAACAUAAAAGAAAAAAUUCAAGUCUGA